CUUCAAUGCCCAUCGUGAAUGCAUUCGAAAAAAGUCAAGUUUUUUAUGUGAAGCGUGGAGGUUUUAGAUGGUGUAUUCUUCUGGGGAGCCUCUACGUAACAGAGCUUCGUGAAGCGCAAGUAUCAUAAAUAGUACUCUCUACACACACGGGGUUCAUUGGAGAGAUUAUUUUCGUUUUGUGUUGUUCGUGUGGCUGACUUCGGAGGAAACGGAGGCCUGGCUUGUCGUUUUGCCUGAAAGUUGUGUUUUUUUUUUUGUGUGGUAAUUUUUUGGUUUGGUUCGAAGGAGAAAAAAGAAAAUGAAGUUUAUGAAGUUGGGUUCGAAGCCUGAUGCUCUUCAAGCUGAGGGAAAGUCUGUCAGGUAUGUAUCAUCUGAAUUGGCCACAGAUAUUAUCGUAACUGUUGGUGAAGUUAAGUUUUACCUUCACAAGUUUCCUCUGCUCUCCAAGAGCAACCAAUUACAAAAGUUGGUAACGAAGGCUAAUGAAGAAAAUUCUGAUGAAAUUUACUUGGAUAAUUUCCCUGGUGGGCCCAAGGCUUUUGAAAUAUGUGCAAAGUUCUGCUAUGGAAUGACUGUUACUCUUAAUGCUUACAAUGUUGUGGCUGCUCGUUGUGCAGCUGAGUAUCUUGAGAUGACUGAGGAUAUUGAUAGGGGAAACUUAAUUUUUAAAAUUGAGGUGUUUCUUAACUCAAGUAUCUUUCGUAGCUGGAAGGAUUCUAUAAUUGUUCUCCAGACUACAAAAUCUCUUCUGCCAUGGUCUGAGGAUCUAAAGAUCAUUGGGAGAUGCAUAGAUUCCAUAGCUUCUAAAACUUCUGUAGACCCAGUGCACAUCACUUGGUCUUACACUUAUAACCGGAAAUUAGCAGAGCUUGAUAAAAUUGUUGAGGACAAGAUGACACCGCAACAGAAAAUUGAGCCUGUUCCUAAGGAUUGGUGGGUCGAAGAUAUAUGUGAGCUGGACAUUGAUCUUUAUAAACGGGUAAUGAUUACUGUGAAAUCGAAAGGAAGAAUGGACGGUGUUGUGAUUGGGGAGGCACUAAAAAUCUAUGCGGUAAGAUGGUUGCCUGAUUCUGUUGAUGCAUUGGUUUCUGAUGCCCAUGCCUGGAGGAACAAAUCACUGGUAGAAACAAUUGUCUGCUUAUUGCCAUGUGAUAGUGGCAUAGGUUGUUCAUGUAUUUUCUUGCUGAAGCUGUUGAAAGUGGCCAUAUUAGUUGAAGCUGACGAGUCAUCAAGAGAAGAAUUGAUGAAGAGCAUCAGCCUAAAAUUACAUGAAGCUUCUGUAAAAGAUUUACUGAUUCCAGCAAGGUCUCCUCAGAUUACUAUGUAUGAUGUUGAUUUGGUGCAAGAUAUUUUGAAUCGAUACAUGGUGAACAAAAAGGACAGCUGUGAUAUGGUGGCUGGGGAGAAGAAAGAUAAAGUAAAUGAUGAAUGUAUUUUGGGGCACAGGUCUUUAUUGAAUGUUGGCAAGUUGGUGGAUGGUUAUCUUGGAGAAAUUGCACAUGAUCCAAAUCUUAGCCUCUCUAGUUUUGUUGAUUUGUCACAGUCGAUUCCGGAGUUUGCUAGACCAAAUCAUGAUGGUCUGUACAGAGCUAUAGACAUCUACUUGAAGGAGCACCCAAGUUUGACAAAAGCUGAAAGGAAGAAGAUAUGUGGAGUGAUGGAUGUGAAGAAAUUGACAGUGGAUGCGUCGAUGCAUGCUGCACAGAAUGAACGCCUUCCACUUCGAGUUGUAGUGCAGGUUCUCUAUUUUGAGCAGCUUAGAGCUUCUGCCAACACACGAGCACUAAGUAACAAUUCACGUGGUCCUUCGUGCACUCUGAUGAAUGGAGAUGUGGAAUGUGAGAAAGCUGAGGGAGAGAGCUGCCAAUCCCUCAACAAUCAAAUGACUCACUUGAAUAUUAAAGACAAAGAGUUUCAUAAGAAUGGAAAGUUGAACAAGAAGAAUAGCAAAAACAGCAGAAGUGGCAUGCAGUUGCUGCCAUCAAGGUCAAGGAGAAUCUUUGAUAAGUUAUGGAUUGUGGGUAAUAAAGGACAAGGAGAGAAUAGGAGCUCAGAGACUUCAGGGAGUUCUAAUAGCCCAACUUCUGUAGUUCAUGGAGAUACCAAAUCAUCUGGUUCAUCCUUAAGACACCAGAGGCAUUCUAUCUCUUAGGGGUGUUCAUAGAGUAUUUUAACAGGUGAAGGAGAUUCAAAUUGCUGUGAAGUGUAAAGUGGUAGGAUUUUAAUCUUGUAUUUGUACUGAUAUGCAUGCACAGAAUCAGGAAAAAGGUCUCUCUGACUAGCAUUGCUGAAAAAUGUAAUGACAUUUUAUAUCAUUCUGGCUAGUGUAAGAUUGUCCAUCCUACAGAAAUCUUCAUUGGGGUUAGGGAUCUCUGUGUUUUAUUCUGUGUUGCCCCUUGUAUAGAA